CGACUACGCGGAGAAGUCGCCGCGUGAAGUCUCCAUGAAACGAGGCGACGUACUCACACUGCUCAACUCCAAUAACAAGGACUGGUGGAAGGUGGAGGUAAACGACCGGCAGGGCUUCGUGCCGGCCGCCUAUGUAAAGAAGAUCGACGCCGGCCUCUCCUCCUCGCAGCAGAAUCUCGCUGACUCCAGCUCUAUUGCUGCCCGACAGAACCAGAUCGAGGGCCAGUAUGACAACUUAUUGGGGUUGGCGCGCGAGAGACAGAACAAGCUGAACGAAACUGUGAAGGCUUACGUGCUCGUACGAGAAGCUGCUGAACUGGCAACAUGGAUCAAAGACAAGGAGAUGCACGCGCAGGUGCAGGAUGUGGGCGAGGACCUGGAGCAGGUGGAGGUGAUGCAGAAGAAGUUCGACGACUUCCAGAACGACCUUCGCGCCAAUGAGGUGCGCCUCGCCGAGAUGAAUGAGAUCGCCGUGCAGCUUAUGACUGUCGGACAGACCGAGGCCGCGCUCAAGAUCAAGACUCAGAUGCAGGAGUUGAAUUCAAAAUGGACAUCGUUGCAACAACUGACUGCGGAGCGCGCGGCGCAGCUGGGCAGCGCGCACGAGGUGCAGCGCUUCCACCGCGACGUGGACGAGACCAAGGACUGGAUCGCGGAGAAGGAGGCCGCGCUCGCCACCGACGAUCUCGGCAAGGACCUGCGCUCAGUACAGACAUUGCAACGUAAACACGAGGGCUUGGAACGCGAUCUGGCCGCGCUUGGUGAUAAGAUCCGGCAAUUGGACGAUACAGCCAACCGUCUGAUGGCGACGCACGGCGACUGCGCCGAUGCAACAUACAGCAAGCAGCGCGAGAUCAACGACGCCUGGCAGCAGCUGCAGGCGCGAGCCAACGCUCGCAAGGAGAAGCUGCUCGACUCCUACGACCUGCAGAGAUUCCUGUCGGACUACCGUGACCUCAUGGCUUGGAUCAACUCGAUGAUGGCACUGGUGAGCUCGGAGGAGCUGGCCAAUGACGUGACUGGUGCUGAGGCCUUGCUCGAGAGGCACCAGGAACACCGCACAGAGAUGGACGCACGCGCGGGCACAUUCCAAGCGUUGGAGUUGUUCGGGCAACAGCUGUUGCAGGGCGGCCAUUACGCUAGCGUCGACAUACAGGAGAAGCUCAAUGCAAUGGGAGACGCCAGACAGGAGCUUGAGAAGGCGUGGGUGGCGCGUCGUAUGAAGCUGGACCAGAACCUGGAGCUGCAGCUCUUCUAUCGCGAUUGCGAGCAGGCAGAAGGAUGGAUGGGUGCGCGUGAGGCUUUCCUCGCUCCUGCCGAUCAGCCGGAAGACCAGGCCGACUCCGCUGGUGCAGACAACGUGGAACAGCUCAUCAAGAAGCACGAGGACUUUGACAAGGCUAUCAAUGCUCACACUUUUUGCUAUAGCGCUGCGUUGGAGGAGCAUUUGAUCCUGGACAACCGCUACACGGAGCACAGCACUGUGGGUCUGGCGCAGCAGUGGGACCAGCUCGACCAGCUCUCGAUGCGCAUGCAGCACAACCUCGAGCAGCAGAUACAGGCCAGGAACCACUCCGGUGUAAGUGAGGACGCGCUGAAGGAAUUCUCGAUGAUGUUCAAACACUUCGACAAGGACCGCUCAGGCCGCCUCAACCACCACGAGUUCAAGUCAUGUCUGCGCGCGCUCGGCUACGAUCUGCCCAUGGUCGAGGAAGGACAGCCCGACCCAGAGUUCGAGGCUAUACUCAAUGUGGUGGAUCCGAACCGCGACGGUCAGGUGUCGCUGCAGGAGUACAUGGCGUUCAUGAUCAGCAAGGAGACGGAGAACGUGCACUCCUCAGAGGAGAUCGAGAAUGCCUUCCGCGCCAUCACCGCGCACCAGGACCGAGCAUACGUCACCAAGGAUGAGCUAUAUGCGAACUUGACCAAGGAGAUGGCGGACUACUGCGUGGCGCGCAUGAAGCCCUACGUGGAGCCGAAGACCGAGCGGCCCAUCCCCAACGCGCUCGACUACAUCGACUUCACGCGCAGCUGUCUUCCAGAACUAAUUCCCAUACAGCCUGCCGCCAACAUCACGACCAGUUUCUUAUUAAAAUUAAGCUUAUAUCAUAUGUCGCUUUUUCUUUCAAUCCUCACCCGAUUUGUAUUGUGCUUUAGCACGCUUUCAUAUUCGAUUUAACUUCUUCCAAUAUCUACGACUGAAUGUUGAAUAGCAUUUAUUAAGAAAUAUUAGUCUUGCUAGUAUUGAUAACUGAACCAUUCACUUUUUACGAUGUUUCUCUCAAAUUAAACUACUGGUCUGUGUAGAAUUAGUUUGCUUACCUUAAGGUAUGCGUCAGUGUGGGUCCUGGCUUCCUUCCCUCUGAAAUAAGCAGAGGGAUAAGAAACUAACCAUUGCUGAAUUUCAGACUAAAGUUUUACAUUGAAAUUUUGCAUUCAAAUCUUAUCACUUUAGCAUUCGCUAGCUAAGAAAAGUAUUGUUGUUUAAAUUUAAUUAUUUUA